AUGAAGAGAAUUAGAGUUACCUCUCUUGAAUCGGCUAUUUUUUAUUUUUUGUUUGUGAACAGAGGCAAAAUGAGCUUUAUAAGUAAAUUAUCGGAAGUGCUGAAAUUGUUUCUUCAUUUGAAGAAUCCAAUUUCCGACGACACUAGCUUGCAAAGAUUGUUAGAUUUAAUACACGAUUCAUUUACAGAGAAGCCUGAUGACACCGGUGGGGUUCUGGUUGAGUUUCUGCAGUCGAUGGUGGAUGAUGUUAAAUCUGUGGAAUCAAGCAUCGUGACUUUUGCCCUCUCUGUGUGUGGCAUUGUGGGUAGAGAUACUAGUUUCUACACCACACAUCAUAGUCUUAUAGGCCAGCUAUAUCAGAGUGUCAAGAAGCAAGGACUGACGGCUGAUCCGUCCAUUGGUACAGCUUAUUUUAAAAGUCUGACUUUAGUCUGCCAGAACGUGAAGUGGGUUACGUUUGAAGAUUUUAUUCAAGAAAUUGUCCAGGAGGCAUACAUCACACUCAAAGGCAAGGGCAGCCUUUUUCAUCAGAGUGCAGCCCGGCAGUUUCUGGUUACUACUAUCACAAACAAAUCUACAGAAAAUCACACCAUGGCUGAACCAAACAUCUUUUUGGAAAAACUGAUGCAAACACUUGUGGAUGAUUUGAUGAAAUCUUUACUGGAAUGUACAACAAAUAAAGUAACCACACUGGACACGACACCGGGCAGUAUUCUAGAGUUGUGGGUUGAUGUACUGAAGACUUGUCCCGAGUCUUCACUUGCCUUGAUGGACGAUGUACAGAACGUGGUGGAGCUGUCACUGAAGAUUUGUCUUGACGGACCUAAACACUUACAAAGCACAGCGGAAAAUCUGUUAAUUAAUCUUCUCAACUGCUGUCCACCAGAGGACAGAGAUGUGAUAAUGUCUUCAGCGGUUGUUCCAUUGUUAGAGUAUGAAUCGCUACAAAGUGACUUCCUAGCAAAACACAGAGCAGCAACAAAUAUGCAGAAAAGCCUUCAGCUGCAUGGUGAGUCUUUGUCAAAGCUUAAAGCCGUCAGCCUUCUGCCUCUCCAGUUCCUCUUUGAUGCCAGUCAUCUCAACAAAUACCAGCUGGAAACAGUGGGAGAAAUCGUCAGCCAAAAAUCAACUUUCCUUAAACUGCUUUCACAAACUCUAGAUGUCACAGCCCUAGACCCAGGAAAUCAUGAAUUAGUGAUUGACCUGUUGGCUUGCACGGAUGUGGACAGUAACAUGAAGGUACUGAAAUGUCCACAGGCUAUACAUUUGAUUGGAAACACCAAGCUGCAGAUAAAACUCAUGUCCACCAUUGCUCAACUUGCAGACACUGAUAUGUUACAACAAACAUGUUUAUCUCGAGCCAUCGACAUCACUUUGAAUAUAAUCAGCCAACCCCAAGUUGAUCCAAAGAUAUAUCAAGUGGGUCAGACAUGUUUGCUGUCCAAAUUGUCCUGUAUAUCGAGACAUGAUAGUGGAAAUCUGACUCAGUGUUUUCCAAGAUUGACCGUCUUGUUAGAAAAACGACUGGUCGAUACUCGCUGGGAAGUUCGAGACACAGCCAUAGAUGGGAUCAAACAAAUUAUAACACGUUUUAAAGAUAACAACACAGUUUUACACCAAGUCUCUACCUCUAGAAUAGUCGAGUCAGCGUGGAGAUGUCAUGUAGACACCGACAGCUACGUUAGAGCUUCUGCUUUCUCUCUGAUCGGUGCCAUAGCAAAAUAUCCACAAAUUUGGAAUCCGUUUGUCACAGGAACAGAUUGUCAAGAGGACAGUUUGGUGAACAUAGCUCUCGAUAUUCUAAACACCGAUUCUGAGGCUUUUGCUAGAAGGGCAACGGUCGACUUCCUUCACUCCAUCUACUAUCACCAUAAGAGUUGUCUCACAGACACGACAGUGAGAACUCUGAUCACAGGUGUGUGUCUGGCUGUCGCCGACUUUGACUGGGAGGUCAAGUGUAAAGUGCUGCACUUCAUCAAGAUGGUUUCUGACAACAUUCACCGACCAUCAUCCUAUGACAGAGUACCAGAAUAUGCAGCUGAACUGAGAACAGAUAUGAGGGACGAAAGACAGGCAGACGGCAGUGAAAAGAACACUUUGUUGGAACAGCUGAUGUUUUUAGCAGAACUAGGCUGUCUUGACGCUUUGUGCGAUGGAUUUCACGAUUUUGAUCAGACUGUGCAGCAAGAAGCUUACACAAUUUUGCACAAUAUAAAGACAUGUAUCUCUGAAUCAGGGUUUUCUGUGUUAGAUGAUGAUGAUAAAAUGGCUUCCAAGACUUCGUUAGUCAAAGAAAACGGUGUUGGUUCUGAAAAGGAGGAAUCGUCUUCCAAGGAAGCACUUUCAAAAUUUAUGCGAUUCCUGCGUGGGGUUGAUUUUGAAGCCAAGUCACGAGAACUGUUGAGCAGUGUUGAUGAAUACGUCAGGAAUCCAGUUUCUCUUCUUGAUGACAUUCUCAGUGCCGACUUUGUGUCAGAUUCAGAAGAAAACACGGUCGACUGUUACUGACAUGUAAUAGUACUAUUGAUCCUAAUACAUACAUCAUAAUACAGUCAAACUUGCUCCAGUGGUCCAUUGUUAACAGCCUCUGGCCAUAAGCAAAUAUUAUCUCCCAAUAAUUUCAUUACCUUUGACACGUACAGGCAUUAAAAAAAUAAAAACUUCUACCAAG